CAAAAAAAAAAAUAGGUAUUUGGAUUGAUGGAUUCGUUUCCUUCUCUGUGUUUUGUUUUGUUUUUAAUUUUCAUGUUGUAUGUGUGACAGACAGCUUUUGAUAAAGAAACAAAUAGACGUGAAUUUUCGUAUGUGUAAACAGUUAUUACAGCAGAACAAACUGAAUCCUGUUUUCAACAUAACCAACUACAUCAUAGAGAUAUGACGACUGCUGCUAGACCCACGUUUGAUCCUGCAAGAGGAGGUCAGGGACGGGGAGAAAAAGAUUUGAGUGCGAUAUCUCGUCAGUACUCUAGUAGGGAUCUUCCAGGACACACUAAAUUGAAAUAUAGAGAACAAGGUCAGGGCACAACUGAGGAAUUACGGUCUCGUGAUUUCCGCAAGGAAUUAGACGACAGAGAAAAAGAUACAAAAGUUAUAAAUGUUAGAAGACAAAAUGAGCCUGUUGUUAAACGAGCUAAAAUCGAUCAAGUACCAGCAGCUAGUUUGGAUGCUGACGAUCCAUUGGAAGGAGAUUCCUCAGAUUCUGAUGACUCUGAUGAUGAUACUGCUGCAUUGCUGGCAGAGUUGAACAAAAUUAAGAAAGAAAGGGCAUUAGAGCAGGCUAAAAAGGAAGCUGAGAGAAAACAAGAGGAGGAAAGAAUUAGAAUGGAGAAUAUUUUGUCAGGAAAUCCAUUGCUAAACUACUCAGCUACAGGGCAGAAAAAUGAUUUGAAGGUGAAACGUCGAUGGGAUGAUGAUGUAGUUUUCAAGAAUUGUGCUCGAUCAGAACCUGAAAGAAAACCUAACACUUUUAUUAAUGAUUCUUUACGUUCUGAAUUUCAUAAGAAGUUUAUGGAAAAAUAUGUAAAAUAAAUUAAUGUAAGUUGUAAGUGAAAUUAAAAAUAUUUGUGGGUUGCCUAUAAUUAAAAAUAUUUGUUAAAAUGAUCAUUUAUUUCAGUUUUGUGUCCAUCAGAUUAAAUACAUUAUUAGAAAGUUUUCAUUCUGAUUAAAUUUUAAAACUUCUGUUAUUUUGUAAUGGUGCAAAUAUAUAAAUUUACUUCAUUGUUUUCAGAUCAUAAUAAUUGUGUUCAACCUAUUGUAAAUCCCAAGAUUUACUAACAUAAUCUAGUAAAAGUUUAAAGCAGAAGUAAUUUAGAAAUCUGCCUUUAUCAUUAAGGAGCACCAUAUCUAAAAUUGUUAGAUAUUUAUAAAUCUAAUCAAAACAUUUAUAGGUACUCUUUUUAAAUCCGAAACUAUACUUCGAUAUGUUUUGUAACAUCGAAUGAACCUACUGUGAAACAAAAUGUUAAAUAUUACAGCUCUGCAUUAGAAUGCGAAAAUGCCCACUAUAUAAAUAUGCCACUAAGAUGAAAAAUCUUUAAUAUGAAAUUGAGGAAAUCGUUUGAAAUACAUUAUGAAAUAAGGCUAUUUCAUAAUGUAUGACGUCAUUUUACACCCCAUGGCCAUCCAACACAACUGCACAGUUUUGUAAAUCUUGGUCUGUGGUUCAGCCAUAACACCCUUGACUUUACCACUGUAAAUUCAUCAAAAUUUUAAUGGUUUUAAAGUUCUUACGUUAACAUACUCAUGUUUUGAAUUUCUGAGAUAAACCAAUCUAUGGGUUCAUGCAGAAAUAAAAUUUAUACAUCACUGCGAAAAAAGGAGAGUAUAAUGUUUUAUAAUGCGAUUCAACUAAGAAUAGGAUCGACUGGGUGCCAUUUUGUGAUGUCAAAGCUGUCAAUUGAAACAAAAUAGGUAGAGUGAGCAAUAAAAGUUUUUUCAUCCCACCACCUCGGAAAGUGUAAUUUUGCGCUUCGAAAUCUGGCUGGAAAAUUCUAUUUUAUUCGCUUGAGCGGCAAAGUAGAUUUGAAUUUAGAACAUCACAU